GUAUUCCGAGAUGAAAAAGUUCAGGAAAUAUUAAAAAGCAUGACUGUCACUGACAUUCUCAACAGAACAACAAGAAAAGGUCAACAGUUAGAAAAUCCUACAUAUUUUUUAAUGACAGAUGAAGAAUUAGAAGAGUUGCAUGCCAAAAGAACAUCAGAGGUUUGCAAAAAAAUUCAUUCAUUUGUACCAUUUAUGGAAGAAAGGAAAUCAAUAGAUGUUACCUUAGAAGAAAAUCCACAGCUAGAAGCUUUUGAUUCAUCUAACUUGGCAUUUAUAGAUAUAUCUGCAGGCUUUAUAAAUAGGGACAGAUUUAUGACAAUCAGAGAACCCAGUGGUAAGUUAAGGAAAGUUGAUUGGGAAGAAAGAGAUAGAUUAAACUUUGUUGUUAAUCCUAUAAAAGGCCGACUUGUUCACCCUCCUAUAAUAUUUGAAGAAAAACAGUUGGAUGAAGUAUUAAAUGAUGGUAAAGUUAUCUAUGUUUUAGACAGAGCUGUUGUACAGUAUGAACCGGAUGACCCAGAGUUCAUUAGAGUAACACACAGAGCUUAUGAAUUUAUAAAUAGUGAAAGGUUAUUUGAUGUUAUCAGAGCAACCCGACAUUUUGGGACUUUAAUAUUUUAUUUGGCAUGGUAUAAAAAGAUAGAAUAUUUAUUGAUAGAUAUGUUACAACUCAAUUUGAUUGAUGAUGGUGAGAAUUUAGUUAGAUUAUAUUCUAUAUUACAU